AUGUCUUGGAAGCUACUAGCGAACCCCAUUCUUUAUCUUGCGCUCGUGUUCCUCCUCGCGGGAGAUCUCGGGUCACAGAUCUCUGUAAAUGCUUACGGUAUAGAAUGCACCUACUCGUGGCAUUUACCAUUUACCCCUCAGGGGAAAUAUCAGUGCGUAACAGCUGAGAUUCCUGAAUCGAAGAAAGGUAAAAAAGAUGGGAAGCGCCAGCAGUAUUAUUCUUGUUCAUGGUGCGGAAGGGGAGAUAACAAACCGUCUUCUUGUUAUGACUGCGCUACCCAGAACGGUGUAUCGGUCACUGGUCCGAAUGGAUCAUGGGAUUGCCCUGCCGGAAUAGACACGCAACCCGGGCUCGGGGAAAGACAAUAUGUUUGCUCGCGUUUUGAAAACAGCGUUCAGGUUGACUAUUACUGCAAGCGCCGACAUUUGAACCAAGCAUGUCCUUCGGAACUGUGCAAAGCUAUUACCGCUUGA